AGAAAACAACACACAUAUUUACGAUUGCGACUUAUCACUUAACUUAGUCAAUUCUGUUAUCGUAUGCUCGAAUUCGUUUGCGAGCAGUGUGUGAAAUAACUGUUAAUUGAACCUUUAAGCGACUCAUUCACCAGCUUCGGCCCACCGCAAAUGCCAAUAUGCUGGUGCUAGUGUUAGGCGACCUACACAUUCCCCACCGGUGCAGCAGUGUUCCGGCCAAGUUUAAAAAGUUGCUAGUUCCGGGGCGUAUACAUCACAUUCUGUGCACCGGGAACCUAUGCAGCAAGGAAUCGUACGAUUAUCUGAAGACGCUCGCCAACGAUGUGCACAUUGUGCGCGGUGAUUUCGACGAAAACACCAACUACCCGGAACAGAAGGUCGUCACCGUCGGGCAGUUUCGGAUUGGACUAUCACAUGGCCACCAGGUGGUGCCGUGGGGCGAUCCGGAAGCGUUAGCGCUGAUCCAGCGACAGCUUGACGUGGACAUACUGAUAUCGGGGCACACGCAUAAGUUCGAGGCGUACGAACACGAGAACAAGUUCUACAUCAAUCCGGGCUCGGCUACCGGUUCCUAUAACCCGCUGGACACCUCCGUCAUUCCGUCCUUUGUGCUGAUGGACAUCCAGAGUACGACGGUCGUAACGUACGUGUACCAGCUUGUCGGUGACGACGUGAAGGUGGAACGAAUUGAGUAUAAGAAGAAUUGAGCGCCGUCCCGUGGUGCCACGGGCGCAUCUCGCAAGGCCGUAAUAGGACGCGUAAAUCGAAUAACGAGAGAUGUGAAUUUAACUAUGCAUAAAUAUAAUUGUAUUCGUGAAUGAA